UUAUCAAAUCGAAUGUAUUUUUUUCUCUCUCUCUCUCCGUGUAAAUGUGAUUUGAUAAAAUCGAAAUUAUUGAUUCACAAACCAAAGAAAAAAAAAAUUAACCAUUGAUUGGUUUGUUGUGUUUGAUGUCGUUUGAAAAUCAAAAUUAAUCAACUUCUGCUGCUGUCGCUGUCAUUUUGUUUCAUAUCAAUACUGGGUGUGUUUGACUGUGUGCAUGUUAUUUGAUUCUUUGUUUCAAAGAAAAAUACAUCAAACAUAAAACUCAGUUCAUUCGUUCAAUUGCAAUAUAUCAUCUGCUGUCAUUUGCAUAUUUGAAUUCGAAUUGAACACAUACAGACAUAAUUUAAUUGAAUUUUUCGAAAUAAAACUUUUCAUCAUCAUAGUGACAGUCAAAAUCACAGAAAAAAAAGAGAAAAUUUCAACCUUUGAAUCCAUUUGGUCAGUUGAUUGUUCCGUAAUUUUUAUUAUUCAAUUUUGGAUUCUUGUUUACAGGAUAAAUUUGCCUGGAUCAAAGUUAUGGGUAAAAAACGUGUUUGCAUUAUUGGUUCUGGUAAUUGGGGCUCAGCUAUAGCAAAAAUUGUUGGCAAAAAUGCGCAUAAAUAUCCACAAUUUGAAACCGAUGUUCGUAUGUAUGUUUAUGAAGAGAUUGUUGAUGGAAGAAAAUUAAGUGAAAUUAUAAAUGAACAACAUGAGAAUGUUAAAUAUUUACCCGGACAUAAAUUGCCUGAAAAUAUUAUUGCCGAUCCAGACCUUGAACAUACGGUUGGUGAUGCUGAUAUACUUGUAUUUGUUGUACCACAUGCCUUUGUAUCACGAAUCUGUAAUACUCUUAAGGGUAAAAUUAAUCCGAAUGCAAUAGCUAUCUCAUUGAUUAAGGGUUUCAAUGAACUGCCAUCCGGUGGUAUUGAAUUAAUAUCUGAUGUAAUACGUCAUACAUUAGGUAUUGAUACAUCGGUAUUGAUGGGAGCAAAUCUGGCAAAUGAAGUGGCCGAACAGAAAUUCUGUGAAACAACCAUUGGUUGUAAAUGUCCACAUCAAGGUGCCAUACUGAAGGAUUUAUUUCAAACGGAUGAUUUUCGUAUAACUGUUGUGCCGGAUCGAUAUACAGUAGAAAUUUGUGGUGCAUUAAAAAAUGUUGUUGCAUGUGCAGCCGGUUUUUCCGAUGGUCUUGGUUAUGGUGACAAUACUAAAGCGGCUGUCAUUCGAAUUGGCCUAAAAGAGAUGAUUCGUUUCUGUAAAACAUUCUAUGCCGAUGGAUUACGGGUGUCAACAUUUUUUGAAUCAUGUGGUGUUGCCGAUCUAAUUACCACCUGUUAUGGUGGCCGUAAUCGUCGUGUAUCCGAAGCAUUUGUUAAAACGGGUAAAACAAUUGAAGAACUUGAAACUGAAAUGCUCAAUGGACAAAAAUUACAAGGUUAUCAAACUUGUGAAGAAGUGGUUAAUAUGCUCAAUCUUAAUGGUUAUAUUGAUCGUUUUCCAUUAUUCCAUGCUGUAAAUCUGAUUUAUAAACGUGAAUUACCUGCAGAAAAAUUGGUUGAAUUUCUACGCAGAGAACCUGAUGAAGAUGAUUGAAUUUACUAUUGACUGUGCAUCCGGAUGAAUUCAUGAUUCAUCAUUUAUCAAAAAAAAAAUAGACCCAAAUCAAUCAAUUAAUCAAUCAGGAAAACAAAAAUACUAAACAAAAAGAAAUCGUGAUUGUGAAACGCACUUGCCACACAAUCCAUUUCAAAUAAAAAUUGUGGCUGAAAUUAGAUUAUACUCAAACAAAACAAAACAAAAAAAAACGUCCCAAACAACCUAUUUAAAAAAACCUUUUUUAAAAAAUUUAUUUUAAUCGAUUAUUUUCCUGCCAUAAGAACACUCAUACACACACACACACACCCCCAUCAUCUUUCCUAUCUAAAUUCUACACUGAAUUUUAACCUGAAUCACUUGUUAUAUUCAAUUUAUGUUAUUAGUGUUUUGUUAUGAUCAUGAAUGAUGAUUGAAUUGAAAUGAAUUUUAAUUUUAAUAAUAAAAAAAUGAAAUUUUUUUUUUAAUUUUAA